AUGGUAGCAGUUUCUGGUGAGGCAGAUCCAGCCACAAUCUUAGUGACAAUUGCAAAGCUUAAGAUUAGGACAGAGCUUGUGUCCUACAAGAAGGACCCUCGUGCUGCCCAAAAGAAAAAACGAGCACAACGAUUGAAGAACAUUCAAAAUCAUCAUCACCACCCCAAAACCAAGGACACGAAAAAGAUCAUCGAUCAUCACAAUGAUCAUAAUCAUGAUCAUUCAAAUUCUGAUUCUGAUUCUGAUUCUGAUGAUCAGAUUGAUGGAGAUCAUCAUGGUCAUAGUGGACAUAAAAUUAAGAAGCCAGCCAAUGUUAAUGGUCCAUUUGUUGCACCCCAUGGCAAGGGCAACUUCCCCAAGCCAAAACCUCUUGGGCCACAAAACAAUUGGGCCCGAGGGAUGUACGGAAGGCCCCCGCCAGGUCCACCGCCUGCAUUUCCACUGCCUCCACGGCCACCAAUGCCGCCACAUGCAUAUGGUGGUUAUGGUCACCACUCGAGCAUGGCACCGCCGCCACGACCGCCGCCACAUGCAUAUGGUGGUAAUGUUCACCACUCGAGCAUGGCACCGCUGCCACGACCACCGCCACAUGCAUAUGGUGGUAAUGUUCACCACUCAAGCAUGGCACCGCUGCCACGACCGCCACCGCCAUUGCAAAUGUAUCCUUAUCCUUAUUAUCAUCGAACAAAGGAACCGCCUGUUGGCAACUCAAUGCUCCAUUAUUUCAGCGACGAUAACACUAGCACUAGUGCUUGCACCGUAAUGUAA